CACUCUCCACCAUUACCACUAGCAAUGGCACCAUUACCAGCCGUUCGAUUCAUCGACGCAGCUCUCUCCAAUAGCGGCCCACGAGCUCUAUCCUACGCCGAACAUGGCCACAAAUGGAAAUGGAUCAUCCGCGAACACCUCCUCAACCUACUCCAAGACUUCCCCACUCUCAGCCUAUCGAUCGACAUGUUCACACAUGAUGACGGCACAACCGUCCAUCUCUUCAAAGCCAGUGGUCCACUACCAGUAUCCUCCAAUACACCUCCAAUCCCCCUCACCAUAUGGAUCCAUCAAUGCUACCCUAUCACACCCCCUCUAGUCUUCCUCUCAUCAGGGCCCACUAACCAAAUCAUCCACCACCAUCCGUUCGUUGAUCCAUCUGGUGCGACCAUCUCAUCAUACCUCCAAACCUGGAGCUACCCUCAAUCAAACCUCUCUGACCUUAUACGUAACCUCUCCCACAUUUUGGCCUACCACCCUCCAUAUUCCACUUCAUUUCCUUCCACUAACUUUCCAAAUUUUGCUAGUCUAUCUCUUGUUUCGAAGAGAGAAGCUCUCGACCGUCUGAUGGGGUCCAUCCACUAUGAUCUGAUGGCUAUGCACACCCAAGCGGAGCAAGAUGUAAACGAUCUAUCAGGCCUACAGGUGAUGCUGGCCCAGCGAGCUGAUAUCACGUCGACUUUGAUAUAUGAUCUUGAACAUGAACGGUCCAGCUUGAAGAAGAGGCUAGCAGCAAUGGCAGAGCAGACGGAUUUAUUGCAGAACUGGUUAAGAGUUCAUGAUCCAAUCAGCACCGUUGUUUCCGCCCAUGAUGAGAUGAAGGAAGGAUUUGAAGGUGCGGAUGAAGAGUCGAGACGGACCAUAGAAAGUGUGGCGGCGGACUCUGGCAUAGAGGAUGUGAUGUAUGUACUGGACAAGGCAGUGGAGGAAGGAGUAGUGCAAUUCCAUGAUUAUCUCAAGCAAGUGAGAGCCUUAGCAAAGGAGCAGUUCUUCCAUAGAGCUGCGAUAGUGAAUGCAUGGCAUAAAAAGGCCAAGGGACGGUGUUCGAGAGGCCACUCAUCAGGUGGGACCCACAGCAAGGACGCCCUGGUCCGGAGAUCAGAUCAGUUCCGUUCGUCAGGUGGGCCACACAUGUAUGAAGAAAAUGGGCAGAAGGGAAGACCCACGACAUAGGAUCGAUUUGAACGAGUGGCCCAACUGAUGUGUAGUGUUUCGGCCGGCGCAAGUUAACGGUGGGCCCACCUGAUGAAAGC